AUGAAAGCCGCGGUCUACCACCUCCUCGCUGGAUUCUUAUGCCUGUCACGCACAGCUGCUGAGGAGUCUCCUCUCCCCCAGGAGCUGCUGGAGCGGCUCGCCCACAGCCACAUCCGCAGCAUCAGUGACCUCCAGCGGCUGCUAGAAAUAGACUCCGUAGAGAACGAGGUGAUUGAGGAGACCAAACACGACUUCCCCAAGGACUUCUCUCACAGUUUCCCAGACCACAAGAAGCCACAAACACACACAAGACGAAAGAGAAGCACUGUGGUCGAAGAAGCCCUGCCAGCAGCGUGUAAAGUUCGCACGAUCAUUUAUGAAAUCCCCAGGAGCCAGGUGGAUCCCACUUCAGCCAACUUCAUCAUCUGGCCUCCCUGCGUGGAGGUGAAACGCUGCACCGGCUGCUGCAACACGAGCAACAUGAGGUGCCAGGCGGCUCGCAGAAACCACCGUACGGUCAAGGUGGCAAAAGUGGAGUACGUGAAACGGCGGCCCAAAUUGAGGGAGGUGCAGGUGACGCUGGAGGAUCAUUUAGAGUGUAUAUGCACCAACAAACAUCACAUCAACCAAAACUCUGACACAGAUAAUGGGAUCAGGUGAAAAGGAACAGAUGAGACAAGGAAGAAGAUGAAGACACAACAAGAACUGUUUACGACUUCUUCCCCAUCUGCUAUCGAGCAUCAAGUUUAACGGAGCAUAC